AUGAGCCAAGAGGUGAAUCUAACAGAAGGUGAAAUUCUGAUUCAUGACGUUUCCCUCAACGUGGUAGAAGCUACCUGGCGAGCUAAAUGGCUCAUACUCGGGCUUGUGGACAAAGCUGGCAAUGUUGGUCUCGGAGAAUGUUCUGAUUCUGGUACUCCUGACCUCGUACGGGAGCUUGUCAGUUCUCUUGCUGGACGAUUGCGCGGUCGCACUAUAGCAGAAAUUCGUUCGGAUGGCUCUAUGGUCGCUGGAUUUCCCGGGGCAUUGGCGAAUGCUGUUGAUCUAGCACUAUCGGAUCUCAAAGCCAAAGUUACCGGUACGGCACUCGAUAUAUUACCAACAGAGAGAUAUCGUUCCAGGAUACCACUUUACGCAAACAUCAACCGUGCCGAGAGAGACCGUACAUCAGCCAAGUUAGCAGCCCUUGGAGCCCGUGCGGUUGCUGAUGGUUUUCGAGCUGUUAAGCUGGCACCUUUUGAUGAUACCAAUGCAGAAGGUGGCCUAGCUCAUCUACGCGCGCUAAGGGAGGCAAUUGGUACAGAUGUGAAGCUUAUGGUGGAUGCUCAUCAUAAAUUGGCAAUCGAUGAGCAGCUACGAAUUCUUCCACAGCUAGAAGCUUUGAAUGUUGUGUGGCUAGAGGACCCUGCAACUAUAGAUGAUAUUGAUGGUUGGAAAAAGGUUGCCGCAGCCACCAAAAUUCCCCUCGCUGGUGGAGAGCAGGCAAAGAGCCUGGAAGACGUUGAACUACUUCUUUCUUCGGGCGUCUUGUCUGUUGUGCUACCCGAUGCUAGAAUUGCAGGAGUUAAAGGAGCAUAUGAAAUCCUUUUGCGUGCUCAGGAACUCGGGAUUCGAUCUUCCUUGCACAAUCAUCUAGGACCAGUUACGACAGCCGCAAGUCUUCAUAUUGCGGCAGCUGUACCUAACUUUGAUAUCUUGGAAUACGCCUAUGGAGAGGUGCCGUGGAGAGGUGAAAUUCUGACUCCAGAGGAGAAAAUCGUUGGCGCAUCACUUCCUGUUCCAAAUGGUCCAGGACUUGGUGUUAAUUUGUCGGACAAAGCACGACAGUUGCUUUGUACAGAGUCACAAAAGAGUCAAGUAGUGUAG